CCCUCCAGUGGUCGUGCGUCCCUCGCUCACCCCUCCGUGAAGAUUUGUGCUCGUACAGACUGCAAAAGAGUGCAAGUCGUCUUGACAGAGGAGCGGGAUAGGGGCAGAAAGAAAAGGGGGUGGGGAAGAAUCAAACGUACGCAUCAAUUUGUACAGUCUUCAGCUGCACCCCGUUUUCUGCGCCGAUUUCAGGGGGAGCGGCUGGGAACACACUGCGUUAUUUGCGAAGCCGCAGCAAUGUAAAUCUUCCUGUGCAUCGAGUUGCCUGUAUGUUUGAACGCGUGUAGGUCAAUGUACAGUACGAACGGCAGCAGGAGAGAGAAAGAAAGGGAGAUACGCAUCGCUGGAUAUUAUAGUGCCUCUCGCUAUGCUCGCUGCAGUGGAUGGUUUUUGCAGAGCUCCGUUCAACAUUGAUGACUAAAGCUCAGCUUCAGAGUUUUAAAGAUUUAAUGCUAUGAUAGGCAGCCUGUAGGCCAACCAUCCUGAUUGUGGUCACGCUCACACUUUUUGUAAUGGCUGACUGGAAGGAAUGGACCACAUAGAGAGCUAGUCAUGAAGACCCGAACCAACAAAGAAUCGAUGCCCGCUCGUAGUGGACGUAGGAGGGGGGGCAGCGAGGAAAGGAGGGGUAGACGUCCGCACCCCAGUCCCUCCCGAGCAGAACGCAAUGAAAGGCAAACACAAAGAACUGCCGGAGAGGAAUUGGCUGUUGGACGUUUCAGCCGGCGAUCUCAAGGCCAUGAUUCAUCAGAAAGUGAAGGGGAAGAGCAUGUGCCACCGCCCAAAAGACAGAAAGUCCAGGACUCCUCCAAUCCCCCAGCUCCAACCCUUUCAACUAACACUCCGACUUCAGCUCCACCUCCAACAUCAAACAACAGUCAAUCAAGAGAAAGUGACAAUGAGGAUGGCCAAUCACAAGGCAGUCGGAGCUCAGUUGGAGGCAGCUUAGCCAACAGUAGCAGCAGCAUAAGCAGUGGACAGGACAUUGACCAGGACAAUCGGUCCUCUUCUCCAAGUCUCUCUGCUUCCCCCUUGGCCAGUUUGGAUUCUGAAUCUGACUCUCCAGAUUCACCAAAGCAGGGUGAUAAAAACAAAGAUGGAGGGACAUCAAAAUGUGUAGCAGAGGAUCGGAGAGGUUCAGGGAGAGGUGAGGAUAGCAGACCAGAGGAUCAGAGUGAGGGAGGAACGGAGGGAGAUUUGUCUUCGUUAAAGUCUUCAUCAUCCUUAUAUACAUCUCAUCGUGGAAUGUUGGACAACGCAACUGAUGCAAGCAACAACAGGAAGUCAUACUUCCCCCUAGAUUCCAAGCUUGCAAACAAAGUGGAGUAUACAGGUCCUGGUGGUCCCGAAAUGCUACACACCUGCAGUCGCAUCCCUUCUAAAGCAAGCACUCAGUGUGGGAAACCUGGGGUGGGAGGAGCUGAGUAUUCCCAUGGGAAUUCAAAUGUGUGCCAUGGACCGACACUCCCACCUCCACCUGCCCUGAAACCUCUAGAGGUGGGGCAGAAUAUUCCAAGUGGGGAAAAUAAAGCAGACAAACCAGAGAAAGGUGAUAAGUCUGUUCCACCCUCAUUGCUUCCACAAACUAGUACUGUUUCCCAGCAACCUCCACCUCCCAACACUCACCAUUACACCCCCACCAGCUGGUCAGGGGGACCUCCCUCUAGUUGUCCUGGCAACUGGGGAUAUGUACGUUAUCCAGGUAACCACCACACACAUUCAAGCCAGCAGCCUCCAGUACAGCAACAGCUGCCCUCUGUGUACAAUUCUCCUUCUUCUACCCGACACUCCACCCACCCACCUUACCUAUCUCAUCCUCAUCCCCAACCACACAAAGAGUUCCUGCCCAGGUAUAGCAAUGCAGCUGAGCGGGAGAGGGGUGGGAGGGAAUUUGGCAACAGAGACUUCCCUGCUAGUAAUAGCAGUAGCAAUGCAAACAGCAACAAUGGUAGCAUCUGUGCUAGCACUUCUGGUGGUGGAGGACCCAACUCUAAUGUGGGCCGGGAUUUUGGGAAUUCGCUACCUGGACAGAAAAGAGAAUAUAGUGCAAACCGGGACGGACCUGCAGGACCACAGAGUGGUCGGGAAUAUGGACCAGGGUUUAAAGAUCGGGAUCGAGGAACUGGGAGGGAAUUUCCUUUGCAAAACCAGCAACAUCAAGCACAGGGUAGAGAGUUUGGAACUGAAAGCUCUGGAGGGGGUGGGUGUAAUCCAAGAAACAAGGAAAGCAGGUGGGGUGAUUUAGCAGGCCAAGUUAGGGAGGCAGGGAGUAACUCUUAUGCUGGUAAUGCCAAUCAAGCACCUGUAGGUGCUCCACCAUCUGCUUUACCUUCGGCGACCCUGGUGAACCGUGACCCAGCCAGUUCACCACAAAACAGCUCUGGUCAUCCUCCCUUUUCCUCUACAAAUUCCAUCCCCACAAAUAGAGACUAUUCUUCUCCAAUGGAUUCAAAUGUGCAGCAAACACUACAAGGACAGAACCCCCAUGUACCCUUCAAUACUGCAGACCUUCCACCCCCUCCACAUUAUUUAAGAGAGUACCCUCCUCCAGGGUCAAAGGAUCCGGACCCACCCCCUGGAUCAACCUCUUCUUCUGUUCCACUUUCUGGUGUGCCAAGGGAGUUCCCGAGCCCACCUGGACUGGCACCAAAUCUUAUUCGGGAAUAUCCCGGAGGACCUCCACUUCCACAUCACCCUCACUAUCCUGGACAGACAGCCUUGCCUAUGCAGAAUAGAGACAGAGAAAGGGAAAAGGACAACACUACAUCUGCUCUUCAUUCAAAUCGCAAUCACCCUCCAUCCCUUUCUCCUUCAUCGAGUGGUUCUGGACCUGGUCAUCCCACCUCUGUUUCUUAUCCUCCUCCACCCUCCACUAGCUCACAUUGUCAGCCCCCACCUAUUACAUCCCUUCCAGGCAAUCUGGCUCGACAGGGCCCAUAUUCUUCAUCCAGUCAGACUCCACCAACCCCACUCUCUCCUCUUCCCAGUCCCUCAACCAAUCCAAUGGGAGGGUUUAGUCCUUUUCCAUCAACCUCUGCUCCUUCUGUACCACUUCCUGCAUCAGGUGUGUCCACCUCUUGUCCAUCAGGUUGCAGGCCUACUCCUUACCAUGGCACUUUAAGCAGUCAUACUCCUUUCAGUAGCUCUUACCAUGGCAACGGUAACCAUGGAAAUAGCAAUGCUAGUGGCAAUGCUCCCAACAACAGCAAUAGUACUAGCAUGCCAUCAUUACUGCACUCUCCUCAAAACUCUAAAGUGCAACUGCAUCUCAGUAACCCCAGUCAUAACAACACUGCUUCAACCCCCAGCACAUCUGUUGGAGUAGAAGGUCACUCUGAUUCACCUUCUGGCCCUAUGCCACCACCUGUCAUCAAGGAGGAGCCAGUAGAAGAGAGGGAGGAGUUGGAGAGCCCUCCUCCAGUUCUCCGAAGUCCUUCCCCAGAACCAAAACCUGUUGACAUUCCAAUUCAUGCCAGCCAAUCAGCUCGGUUUCACAGGGUUCUUGACAGGGGUAGUGGGAACUCUUGCGCCCGUAGUGAUGUUCUAUUUGUUCCGCUUGAUGGUUCUAAGCUUUGGAAGAAGAGAAAUGAGGCCAUAGAACGUGCUCGUAGAGAGGUCGAACAACGCGCAAGAGAUCUGCGAGAGAAAGAGCGAGAACGAGAGCGAGAAAAGGAGAGAGAAAGAGACUUGGACAGACAUAUUCAGCAGAAGGACAGUAGCACAAGUGCAGGAUUAGGAGCUACAGCUACACGCCAGGGCUCUUCCCUCUUCUUUCCUCCUUCUUCCUCCAUCCUUCUAGACCCUUCAUCAUCUUCCUCAUCCUCUGUGAACUCCUCACAUCCAGCAGCCCAUCCACAGCACUACCAUGCCCACCAUGCCUCACACCCCCAUGCCAUUCACCCCUCUCAUCAUCUGCAUCCCUCUCUUUCUCAUUCCAUUCCUCAUUCUCUUCUCCUUCCUUCCAUGGCAGGGGGCUCUCCAGUUGUUGGAGGUCCUCAGGGUGCUCUUGGCAUUGGGCUUGGGGGUCCAUAUUUGGGGCCUGAUACCCCAGCCCUCAGAACCCUGAGUGAGUAUGCCCGUCCUCAUGCAAUGUCUCCGCUGGGCGUUGCCAGUCGCGCACAGGUACACCACCCCCACUUUCACCACCACCCUCACCCACAUGCGCAUGCACAUGCACAUGCACAUGCGCAUGCACAUGCUAAUGCUCAUGUGCAUCCUUCAUUUUUCCUGUCCCAAUUCCAAAACCCGGCUCUCGCACAUCCCCACCACCUUCCAGCCGACGCCGCCACGGCUGCUGCCAUUCUGGGCUUUUUAUAUGGGGGUGGGCUGGAAGGAGGCCCCGCCCAUCCGGGGCAUGGUUCUGGACCUGGGGGGUUGCCUGGGGCGGGGCUUGGAGGAAUGGGAUUCCCUCAUGCUGUAGCUGCUCAAAGAGAGCGCGUGAAGCCAGGAUUUGAGUUUAAGAGCGAGGAGCGUGUCUACACAGCUGGAGCCUUAGCCGACCCGGCAAUAGCUUUGUCACACGCACACUCGCACACACACUCACACUCCUUGCUGCUGGGGGGUGGGGCUGGAGGCGGAACUCCUGGUAGUGAGGUUGCCCUUUAUGGUACAACUCCACCCCCUGCACCGCCCCCUCAAGCUUUAGCCGCAGCAGCUAGGAAUCCAAAUCCUGUCCCUCCAACUCUGUCAGUCCCACCAACCUCCUCUAUUCUUCCAGCCACACUUCCUGCCCACCAGGCUCCAGCCGGAGCCCCAGUGACACCAGCAGCCCCCUCCCCUGCCCCUCCUCUUCAACCUCCCCCCCCACCACCUCCCCCUCCUCCAACAGCCUCUUCACUUCAUCACCCCACUCCACAUUCUACCUUUCCAAGUACACACCCUUCUUGUCAGCCCCCACCCCUCCCAACUCAGGCUACGCCCUCUGAACGAUAUCCCACCCCCGUUCGCACUCCUCCCAGCACGGAACGUGCAAGGAGCGUGGAGAGGGAAAGGGAGAGAGUGAUGCCUGCCACAGAGAGGGAGCGAGAGAGGGAUAGGGAACGGACAGGGACAGGUGGAGGAGCAGCAGGAGGAGGCACAGCGACUGCAGGAGGCACAGGAGGAGGAGAUUCUCUCAGCCGGCUACAGAUGCUGAACGUGACUCCUCAUCAUCACCAGCAUUCACAUAUUCACUCUCACCUACAUCUGCACCAGCAGGACACAGCCGCGGGAGGGGUACACCCCCUGAUGGAUCCGCUGGCAUCAGGGUCUCCCCUGGCCCGUCUGCCAUACCCAGGGGCUGCUCUUGGGCCUCCCAUCCUGGCACAAUCCCUCACUGACAGCGAGGUGCUUCGACAGCAGCUCUUUGGAGGUCCUUUCCGUGAGAUGCCCCAGUCCUCGUCUCUGGGUGGAUCCAUGUCUGCAGCACACCAGCUCCAAGCAAUGCAGCAGGCUCAGAGUGCCGAGAUUCAGUUUCAGAGACUUGCCCUGGAACAGCAGUGGAUCCACCACCAUCAUCACUCCCUCGCCCAGGACGAGUACUACAGCCACCUAAAGAAAGAGAGUGACAAAACGCUGUGAGGAGCAUAAAGGACAUGAAGACAGGAAAAUGAAGAAGGGAUGAAGUGCAAAUAAAAAAAAUGAAACAAUCAUUUAGAAAUUCAGCACUGAAUUACAACAAAUCUGUAUAGAGCUUUGGAUGUGACAUCGGAACACAUAUAAUUCAAUCUGAACUAACUUAAAUACAGGUGCAACAAACAAUGUGUAUAUUCCCAGUAAGAUGAGAUAACUCUGGCGCACACUGUGGCACUGAACGGUUAUUCCCAAACGUCCCGGAGGAUUCCUCAUUGAGUUAUUUCAAAUACCAGGCAGAGGAGUUUUGGCCGUGGAUUAGUCUAUGUACACAAAAUUAUGCCAGAGAGAAUGUCUAAGAAUCAAGUUCACUUUUAUGUCUUUGCAUGUAGCUAGAUACUAAAAGCCCAAUGGGCUAAAACUCUUGACCUGUUUUUUUUUUUUUUUUCUUGUUUGUCUGUUUUUGGGAACUUUACCACUCUGAAAGAGUGUUUAUGAAAGGGUGCAUGAGAUGAACAGCUUACCUUCAUAAUGUUUCUUUAUCGUGUUCUUAUUAAAAUUAUUAAUGUUGUUUGUUAAUAGUUAUGAUUAUAUAAACAUUAUUUUGUAUAAUUUUUUUACAUUUUCAUGAUACCACUGUUAUUUUUUUUUUUAAUGUUGAAUUUACCUUG